AUGGUGAAUAUGUGGGUCACGGGUACAGCCUACAGCAAGGAAGAUGUCACUGAUACCAGUGGCACCCUCGGGAGCUCUUCAGAUCAAUUUGAGGAAGACGAAAACCCAGAGAGAGGAAAUUGGACUGGGAAGCUGGACUUCAUUCUCUCCUGCAUUGGUUUUGCUGUAGGUUUGGGAAAUGUGUGGAGAUUCCCAUACCUGUGCUAUAGAAAUGGAGGAGGAGCUUUCCUUAUCCCUUAUGUAAUAAUGUUAACUUUGGCAGGACUGCCACUCUUCUUUAUGGAACUGGCUUUUGGACAGUAUGCUUCCUUAGGCCCACUUACCAUCUGGAAGAUUAGUCCUAUUUUCAAAGGCCUUGGUUAUGCCAUGGUGAUCAUCUCUGGAUUGGUAUGUAUUUACUACAACNCUAUUUUUUUUUCUUUAGCUAGCUGA